AUGGACAGAUAUGAAGAGGAAAGCAAAAGGUUGAAUACCAAAAUACACUUCUAUAAACUUGAUGAGUCGGACAUCAGACAAGAUUGGACGAUGUAAGAACCAAUUUUUGUUUGACAUUAAAUCGAAAAGUUGACGAUAAUCAAGAUGUCACGCGUUUGAUAAAUGUCUGCGUUGCGUUAAAUGCCGGUGACAGCGAACAUCAUUACAUCCUGGAGGAAAACUGCCAGAUAAAGCAGACAAUUACUAAAAUCACGCGAGAAAACUUCAGACUGAUGUAAUACACUUUUAAAUACAGUUGGAAAAUUAAAUGAACAAAUAACCGUUAGAGAUGCUAAAAUAUCAGAUUCGACGAACGAUAUUGAUUUGGCUAAACGAAAAAAAAAAAAAAAAAACGAUAAAAAGUAGUUGUAUGCCAAUAAACAAGUAUUUCAGGAGAAAUUGUUCAUUGAAACGCAGAAUACGAAAAACGAAUUGCACGAGGAUAAAUGCAUAAUUACCGGACGAAUCGGCCAAAACCACGUCAUAAACAAUUUUUGAUUUUGAGUGGAGCGAAGAAGCUUAUGGUUUUAUAAAGGUGUAUUUUUUUUUUAUCCGCGGACAACUUUUCUACCAUAAAUAUUGCUCCGAUUUUUAAUUGUAGCACCUUUUAUAAAAGGAAAUCGGACUGGGGAGGUACUUUGAGCAGGUCAUUUUUCGAUUUUCUCAGUUUUCUCAUCAAGUGUAAAAAGCCGGGAAAACCAGGAUAAACGUAGGAAUAACGGGGAAAUCGGCACAAUAUUAAACAGAUAUUAUUAAAGAAAAUAUAUAAUGUCUAUUCAUUAUUUUACCAUAAUAUGACAUACAUGUUGUUCACAAGGCACCACUAUCAACUGAACUCCUUCUCAGAAUUGUUUUUUCGUCAGCAAUGGUUUAUCGUUGCUUACGGAAACACAUUAAAUUACCUAUAACAGUGGCUGCACCUGACCCCGUUAUCCUAGGACAGCUUUUUUUUUUUUUUAAAUUAAAAUGCAUAAAUAACGAUUCGCGUAAAGAAAAUUAAAAAUGCCAAAAGUCAACGGGAAAAUACACACGACAAUUGGCGAACAGAGCAAAUCAAUUUAUCGAUGACGUUAAAGUAACGGAAACGCUCAAAUCGAAUGCCAUUGAACUGUGGGGACAAAUCGAAAUGUCGUUGAAGAAUUAGUACGAAUGAGCUACUGCUCAAAUACAAAAUCUAACCCGUAUGACUAUAUCGUUAAUAUUCACUGGUAAAUCUAAUUAAUGUAUAGGGAUUUUUAGUUGUUCGUGUAUUUCAGACAAAACGAGUUUCCUGGACGAUCAAGUUUAACGGUUACAGAAAAAAUCCUUUUUAUAGUCGAACGAAUCGCCAACGCAAACAACUUAACAAAAUCGGUCAACACGAAAAACUUGGGCGAGAAAUGCGAAGAAUGUAAUAAGUCAAUUAAACUUUUAUAAAAUUUUAAUCUCACUUUUGUAAAUAAAAUAAAUCAGUUUCCAAGUUUCGGCACUACCUACCAAUUUAUAAUAUUAUACAUUGUACUUCCUACCUAAUAUGAAACAUUAAAUACCAGUGACUGACUUUGUAAUUAUUCACGGUUGUAGUGCAAAGGCGUUCAAGCCGGCCAUUAAAUUCGAUAACAAAGGAAUUUCCAUUUGUUAAUAGUUUGUGUUAUUUUAUGGUGUACACAGGAACUCGAAUUCAAAACCGCAAAAUAAGACGGACAGCAAAAUUCGACAUCACUUCCGUCAAGCAUUAUUCACGAACAAGUUCGGGUAAAUAUGUGCAUAAUGAAGUUAUUGUAACGAUUAUCAAACAAAAUAAUCGUGUAUUCAUUAUAGACUUGUACAGCUUUUCGAGAGUUCGAACAAUUUUGUGAAACAACUUACGUUGGAAAACAAGAACAUGAAAACAUUAUUAAAAUACACAAUACAUUUGAGCUCCAAAUUGGUUGAUCGGUCAAUCUCCGCUGGAAAAGACACGUAA